AAGCCUGACAUGAUUUCUGCCUACAAACUAAUAUACGGUUUUCACUAUUAUUGUGAGACGUAGAAAAGUUGCGAAUGUUUCUUAGGUGACAUUUAAAGCUGUUAAAACUUCCCACAAAAAAAUCUGUGCAUGUUUUUUUUUUCAAUGCAAAGAAAACAAGAAUAACCUUCCAUUGUGAUUUGAAUAACACGAUCGAAAUAAGGGACGAUGACGUUAGAUAGCUACACUAACCUUUCAGUUUAGCAGCAAUGUUUUUAUCGAAGUUAAUGGAAAUGAGGAACUUCUCCAAAUCUUCAGCACUUAGCUGACUAACGCGAUGGAAAUUACGUUGACUGAUGCCAUUGUUAAUUAUUCAUUAGCAUACACAGCAGCGGCAAACCACUUAAAUUUAAGUCUUUAAGGAAGAUAAUAACACUAAAAAAUUUCAGUGUCCUAUUUUUCCCACUUAAACCUUAUUUCCCUACUUAACGCACUAUUUCCCCACUUAAAACUAACAAUUUGUGUUACUUAAAUAUUUUAAGUGAGAAAAUGACUGAUUAAGUAAGAAAAACAUUAAGUGGUUUCAAAAUUUUAAGGCUUUGAGUAAGAGAACUACAGUUUAAGUGAGAUACAGCCAUUAAGUUGUUGACUUUUUAAGUGUUUAAGGGAUUGCAUGGGACUUAUAAUAAAAUUCAUUUGAAAUAAUAUAUAUUGUUGCAUGCAUCAUCAGUCAAUAAUACACAUUACAGAAUAUGGUAGUAAUUAGGAACAACGUGAAAAAAACCAUCAAUUUCAAACGACUGGAAAGGUACUUUCAAAACGAGUGCUGUUUCCGCUGUAAUGUAAACAAAAGUUUUUUUCGGCCUAAGGAUAUAGGAAAACCUAUCUUGUUCAAAAUAACAGGUUUCCAGAAGCUCCAUGACCAUUCCAGUACCUUUUUUAUUUUCACUUGAUGUUAUUUCUGCAACUCUCCAAAACGAAGGGGGGGUUAGUUUAUUAGGAGACAUUUCCCUAAGAAAUACGGUGUUAGUUGCGCAAGUUCUUCCUGCAAUUUGGAAUUUUUUUGCUAAAUGUACGGUUUUUAUGCCAUUAUUUUGUAACAAUUCUUCCCAUUUGGUUUCUAUAAUAUCUAUUCCCUUCAAAUGCUUAUUAUGGAACAGUUUAAUCCCGCCCCCCCCCCCCCCAAAAGUUAUUCUCUCCAUCAAUAGAUAUGCUAAGCGCUAACAUAUUUUGGUAACGAGAAGCAAGGCUGAACGGGAUAUUACAAAAAUUACAAUUUCUUUUCAUUACUUUUUUGAAUGGGGCAUUUUUUACUCAUACCUGUAGCAGGCUGAAUAUCUGGGUGGGCCAAACAUUCUUAUUUGUUCCGUCAUGUGCAGCAGAGCAUGCAAUUUUGGUGUUAUAGCUGAUCCUGAGUCUUCUUUUGGAUAAAGACUCACAAAAGUGCUAUUGUGGAUUUUAAUCUUCAUUUCUAACUCUAACAAGUCUUUUUCGGCAAAUGAAUAGCAUUGCAGGCUUGAAAAAAUUUCAAGCAGCAGAAAAAAAUUCGCGAAAUAUGCAUUGUCGGUGCUUGAAACAUAUUCGCUUAAAAAAAGUGGGAGAAUUAAAGUUAAAGCAGCCAUUUCCGAAGUAGACAUUGAUAAUUUGGUUAAGGUCAAAAUUUCAUCUUUGCGUAACGGAGGAGGCCUUGUAAAUUCCCGUUGUUGAAUCACAUUAGAAAGCUUAGCAUUAAUUUUAUCUAAAUCAACCAUUUCGUUGGUUAAGAGUUUGUUGAACAUUUUACGAACUUCUAAGUUUUCAAUUCCCUCGUCCAGUAAAUGCAUAUUAUCGGAAACAAAACAUUUCGUCACGUCAAAAUAACUUAGCUGUGAAAAUAUUGAUUCUCCGACAACUCCGGUUUUCAUUGACAGAUUUCGUCUGCAUUGUUUGGUGAUUCCAGUUUUCAAAACAUCUUCAAGAUCUUUUGUGUGUGAUUCCUUACUCCUCAUGGAACAAUCAAUUCCGUGGUGAACAUUUUCCAUGUGAACACCAAAUUGGAGUUUGAGCAAAUCAUCAAUAAUUGGUUGAAGGAAUUGUUGUAAUCCAACUUCUAUCAAUAACUUUGAAUUAAUGACACCAAGAAGUUGAAGAGACUUCAAUUGUGAACGCCAUUCUGGAGGAAGGUUCAAACAAGUCCAAUAAAACAAGGGUUGGAUAGUUCAACAUCAUCUGCAUCGAUUUGAAAGAGGAGUACUUCUCCUCUACCUUCCUAGAGAACAGAAAUAGGAUUCAAAAGUUUAACAACUGCUUCAUGGACCACUCUGAUGGACAGAAAUUGCUUCAAAGCCUCUAGGAAAGGAACAAUGUAGCCUUUCUUUUCCAACUCAGCUAUGUUUUUUCGAAAUCCUAUGCCUUUUGUUCUCUUACUUUUCUUUCCAUUCCACGUAAAACGUCGACUUUUCUCAGUUAAUGAUACCUUUAGUGGGUUUACAGUAGGGAAAUUUCUUGACCCUGACUGUUCAAGUGCAUGACGAGUAAUUGUUGCUUCAUAAUUUUGAGUUUUUUCUGAUUCUUGCAUUACAGAUAUGUACUCUAGUGAUUCAAGGAUAGGAAGAGGUAAGAUUUUUUAUAGCUUUUCCUGUAAACAUAAAAAAAUGCAUGUAACAUUCAAUAUUUCAAAUAUAUUGCAUACAUUAUACAAUGUUAAUCAUAUACCUUAAGUUGGUUUAAUUUUCUUUCUGCGUAUUCCUCCAUAGAAUUAUCAAAAAAAGAAAGAGCUUCGAAUGUCAUGAAAUAUCGUUGAUUCCCUGUCAAUAGGAUUCCUGACUUCCAUUCAUCAUCAGUUUUUUUAUUGUUUCCGCUGACUGGAAUAUCCAAUGGUUCUAGAGUUUGUGCGUCGUGGUAAAGCGUAACGUUAUUAUCACUAUCAGCAUUCGAUAUAUCAGCUAUUCGUUAACUGAUUAGAGAAGCGUAAAUUACACGCAUUACUUUAUAACUAAAUAACCUUAAGACUCAAUUAUCUGUCCGCACUUACUUAUUUCAUGCAAUGGCAAUAAAUUUUCGUCAAAAGACGGCAUGACUAUUGGAUCAAUUCCUUGGUGUUUUCUUUUCUCAUUAUGUAUUGAAUAAUAAUGUCGUCGAAAAGUAGCGUACUUUGCAAACACUAAAUUGCAUUCUUCAAUUGGGCACUGCACAUAAAACGGGCUCGUAAGGCCGUGGUUGUUUUUUAUGUGAUCCAAUACAUUUUGUUUCUUUUCAAGAUUAAUUCUAUACGGACACAUGUUGCACCUUACAUGGUUAGCCAUUUUACUAAUAGGACAAAUAAGUUUAAGUAUAAGUGUAUAACUGUUUGAUUCAUGUUCGAUUUAACGGAAACGGUGUCGUAUAAAAUCAGAAUUUGAUUUGAAAUCUGUCAACAUUGUUUUAUAACGCCCCGAAAUUAAUGGACGCCGCCACCAACAACAAAGACUGAGAUGAAUAUAAAAAGUGCUAGUUUCAUUUUCGCAUUCAGUGUGUAGUAUUACCAGCUUUUUCAUAAAAAGAAAUGCCUGACCUGCUGUUCAUAAAAAAAGAGCUACAUCGAGAAAUGAUUCUGGAUAACUCUAUUCAAGACCUAGGAGGAAAUUGUUCAACCCAAAUGUCCGAUCUAAUUUUGUUUCAACACGAUCCAUACUUCGACGAACUGGGAGAGAUGGAUAGCCAAGUUGUUUUGUCACACAAAGAGCUCAAUGUAGUUGUCAAGCUCCGACAACAUCCAAUUUUGCCAGCAAUACAGUCUGCCCUGCAGCCCUUACACAGCAAUCUUGACGCUAACAUGUCAACUUCAAAGUUUGUGGAUUUACAGCCACCGACAACAAUUGGAUUGCUGGCAACAACCAAGAAUAUCUUGGAGUUUGUUGUGUCAGAUGAAGCCGUAACUUCUAACAGUGAAUCUUGUUCAACUGAUGAUGCUGAACACUCUACUACUAGCAGCUCGGCCGUAGAAGAGUUUGAUGUAGUAGUUAUCCCUGAAGUACAGGGUCAUGUCCCUCUCCCAGAGCUGUCAGAGUUGCUCAAAGCUGCCAAGGCCAGUGGGAAGCUUCUAAACCAUUAUGUGGAUUUCGUGAAACAUCACAGCGAACCUCUGCACACAUUUUACCCAUAUCCGUCUAAAGCGACUCUCAACCUCUACGGACAGCUAAUGGUGGAGCAGUAUCCUGAAUUUGAGGAUCGUAUUAGGAGAUCUCAAAAGAAGACGGUUGUUCCUUGGAAAUCAAUAAAAAAUCAAGAAUAGGAAAAUAUCUUGGUAACAAGAGAGGGUAUGCCAAACAUUCCUCUAGGUUGAAAUUAAAAA